GGUCUUUGCUGCAAAGGUUUAUGUGAUGCUGCUGACGCAGGAGACGGCCAAUAAUGAGUUGCCAUUCUGAUGUAACCUGGAAGUACUGAACGUAAACAGUGUAUAAGAAUGUUUCACACAUCCACACAAUAUUCAUAUCAUUUGAUAUAGCUCUUCAUGCUGAACAAUUUUGCCUAAAAAAAAAAAACACUUCUGUCAAUCAAAACAUUCAUUAAAUAUUCGUGAUUAAGUGAAAAAACUGCUUUUGCAAACUAUAGGUUUUUCACUCAAUCUGAAUAAAACCAACCCAGUAAAAUUCUCUGGACUCUCUAGAUCAAUAAUUAUCAAAAAAAAAGAAAAAGUUGAACUUUACCCUUUGGAUAGCUACAGUAUAACAUGGUUAUUUAAAAAAACAUUUUUAUUUAAAUCGCUUGAACCCCGUUAAUUGCUGCUUGCAGCUAUAUUUUUUGUUGUUGUUUUUUUAGCCAGUAACAUUUGGUGUCACACAUUAUGCUUGCCACAACCAAUGUCCAGUCCUUCACUGCAAAUAAAAUAUUAUGUACACAGUCAGUCAGUGUGUGAUCACUAUAGGACACCAAAACUGCAAACCAACAAAUAAUUUCAAUAAACAUGAUAUUUGGAAUUAAGGUGGUUUUAAUAGUAUUUCUUUUUAAAUAAUAGUACUUUUAAUUGAGUAUUUAAUUAUUCUUUUUACUGAUGCCUCCUGAGUUAUGGCUGCAUAUUAUAGUUAUUUUAUACACUCAUUUUGUGGUUUGAGGUAAGAGGGGGAGGAGAUACAACUAGGGUAGAGAGUGGGUUUGAGUAUUUUGAUAGCAUAUCCUCACUCAAUGCUUGACCACAGGCUGUUCCAGAUGCACCAUGAUUCUUUACGCUUUUCUUCUUCUCAUUGGUAUCUCUUUGGCUGGUGGGAUGGAGAGUGGUAUUGUUGGUGGAAAAGAGGCUAAACCUCAUUCCAGACCAUACAUGGCAUCUAUUCAGAUUAAAAAAUACAACAAACAUCACAUAUGUGGAGGGAUGCUGAUCAGAGAGGAUUAUGUACUGACAGCGGCCCACUGUUUCAAUCGCAGUGACUACUCUGGUCGGGACCACUUGGAGGUUGUUCUGGGAGCUCACAACGUCAAGAAGGACGAGAAGAGCCAGCAGAGAAUCCCAGUGAUAAAAUACAUCCCACAUUCUAAGUUUGAACGUAAAAAUGAGAAUAAUAAUGACUACAGCUAUGAUAUCAUGCUACUAAAGCUGAAGAACAAAGCCAAGCUGAAUAAAUAUGUGAAAAUGAUGCCUCUUCCUAAGAAAAAUGGAAAAACACCAGCUAAUGUUAAAUGCUCCAUUGCUGGUUGGGGGUUAAUAAACCCAAAAGCAGAAGGGGGAUCAAAUGUGCUGCGGGAAGUCGCUCUUAAACUGCAGGAGAACUCAGAAUGUGAAGAAAAGUGGCAGCACUACUUCAACUCUGAGAGAAUGCUCUGUAGUGUUUCAGAUGGGAAACAUGCUUUUUGUCAGGGUGAUUCAGGAAGUCCUCUUAUCUGCAAUUCCAAAGCACAAGCAAUUGCUUCAUAUACCUAUGAUGGUAACUGUGCAAAUAAAACAUAUCCUCAAGUUUAUGUAAAAAUCUCCUACUUCCUUCCCUGGAUUAAAAAGAAGAUUGGUUAAAAAAAAAAAAAGAGAGAGAGAGAACAUAAAUUGGGCUCUUACAUUAAAGGUGCAGUUUGUUUGUUCAUUUUAUACUUUUUUUUUUUUUUUAACUGCAUAUCCAAGUCUGCUAACUACUUGUUCUUACUACAACUGUCAAAACCUCAUGUUUACCAGUUUGAAGUUAUUAAUAAACAGGUGAUAAUACUUGAUUUCUGAUGUGAAGUAUUUAUUCAUUGACCAUAAAACCCCUUAAAAUAAACUGCAAUAUACAUUAAGCCAUUCGUUAGAUGACCAGAUGUACUGUGGGAGAUGACAAGGAGAAGCUUAUUUAAGUGGUAUAAACAGAACAAACCUUCAUUCAUAAAUAAUAGUUAGUUAUAAUGUAUAGAUGUUAUCUAUAAAGGCUCUAUAUACGUACCAUCAUAUCUGUGGUUGGGCCAACCACAUCAAAUUGAAUACACAAGUCAAAA